AGAUCUUCUUCUUCCUCAAUUCGAAGCUUUCUUCUUUCUUUUUUUUUUGUUGGGGUGAAGAAAAAAAAUGGGAAGUCAACAAAAAGCAAUUUCGUUCCUGACGAACUUGGCGAAGGCGGCGUUCGGUUUAGGUGCGGCGGCGACGACACUGAACGAGUCGCUCUACACGGUUGAUGGUGGCGAGAGAGCAGUGUUGUUCGAUAGGUUCAGGGGAGUGCUGGAUCAGACUGUUGGUGAAGGGACUCAUUUCUUGAUCCCGUGGCUUCAGAAGCCUUUCAUCUACGAUAUCCGCACGAAACCUCACACUUUCUCUUCCAAAUCUGGUACCAAGGAUCUUCAGAUGGUUAAUCUCACCCUUCGUGUUCUCUUUCGCCCUGAGGUUUCACGUCUGCCGACCAUUUACCAAACAUUGGGUCUAGAAUAUGAUGAGAAGGUUCUUCCGUCGAUUGGAAAUGAGAUCUUGAAAGCUGUGGUCGCUACUUUCAAUGCUGAUCAGCUUCUCACUGACCGUCCUCAAGUAUCAGCACUUGUUCGUGAUGCUCUUGUCAAGCGUGCCAGGGAUUUUAACAUUGAGCUCGACGACGUUGCCAUCACACACUUAUCGUACGGUGCAGACUUCUCGAGGGCAGUUGAGGCGAAGCAAGUGGCUCAACAGGAAGCAGAGAGGUCGAAGUUUGUGGUGAUGAAGUCUGAUCAAGAAAGGAGAGCUGCGGUUAUAAGAGCGGAAGGUGAGAGUGAAGCUGCUCAGUUGAUUUCAGAUGCAACAGCUAAAGCAGGAAUGGGACUAAUCGAGCUUAGGAGGAUUGAGGCUUCAAGGGAGGUUGCAGCUACACUGUCUAGGUCUCCGAAUGUGGCUUACUUACCUGGUGGACAAAGCAUGCUCUUCUCUCUUAAUGCUGGUCGUUGAGCUAACAUUUGGUGGGAAUGGCUAAGGGGAGCUUAAGUGACAAAAACGAUGGAGUUAUGUGAAGUUGAUUAAUAUUGUUGCUCUUUUGUUUUUGAUGAACAAUGUGAAAACAUAAUUGUUACUUUGUGCUCUAUUGAGCCGUUAGAUUUUCUUAGAAAACAUUUUAUCGCUUUGCAACA